CUUUAUGUAACCUUUACACCGGAAGUUAUUGCUCAAGUAUUAUGCACAUUUGUAGGUAACAUACAAUUUAUAGCCUGCGCCAAAUAAAAUAGGAAGAAUGUCCAAAAACAGAAAGAUAGUGCUGAUUUUUGGAGGAUUUGCGACUGCAGUUGCUGCUGCAUUUUACCCCAUUUUCGUCCACCCGUUCACCCACAAAGAAGACUACAGAGAAGUCCAGAAGGUGAACCGUGCAGGAAUCAAACCGGAGGAUGUGCAGCCUGCAGGUCUGAAGGUGUGGUCUGAUCCAUUCAAGCCUUCAGACAAAUGAUUCCUGGUGACGACAACAACAAGGACAGAAGAUACAGGUGGAGGGGCAGUGUGCAUGUGUGAGUGAAUGAGGUGAAGAAAGUGUUGAUAUGCUAAAACAAAUAAAAUCCUUUAGAUUCAA